UCCUGUAACUUGAAUAUGACGUUUGAUAAUCAAUUUUCAAUCGUUUGUGAUCAUAUGACUACUCGUGUUUUGGGCGUAUUGAAUUAGAACGUGAUUUUCCCCUCGUGAAAAAGUGAUCUUUUAUUUUAAUUUUACAAUUGUUUGAAAAAAUAAACACAUUUCCGAAUCAAAAUGAAAGUCUGUGGCCCAAAAUACGCACUCUGUGGAGUUAUAAUUUCAGCAUGGGGUGUCAUUCAACUGGCAUUGAUGGGAAUAUUCUUUUAUUGUAAGAGUGUCGCAUUAAUUGAGGAUCUUCCUCUCGAGGGGAAAACAUUUACAAAAGUAGAGGACUUUUAUUUUGAAGUUAAUAAGGGCUUUCAAGCAAAUGCCCUUAAUUGUUGGAUUGCAGCAAUCCUUUAUGUCAUUACAUUAGGAUUCUCUGGUUAUCAAUUUUAUCUUAAUUCACGUUCGUCGCUUAGUGUUUAAUAAUCUAUAUAGUUAAAAGAAAAAGAAAAUGCCAAUUAUUCCAUUAUUUCUUUAAUGAUAUAAAUUUCAUCUGAUUAUGACAUGCUGACAAUUAGAUGGAAUCGAAGUUAUCCAUUUAAGAAUUUAUUUUUUAAAUAUUUAUUGUCAGAUUUCAGUUAAAAUAAUUUUUAUCAUUAUACGAAAUGCUUGUAAACAAUUUUUAAUUUCCAAUCAAUUGUAAUUAUUAUAUAUUGUAAAUUAUAGAGAAUAAUACUUGAAGAAUAUGUUUAAAAUGUUAAUAGAGUCCACCACCGUGUAAUUUAAUGAUGAUAAUGAAUUUAAUGUAAUUAUGAAAUUAAUAUUAGACAUAUACAAGUAUAAAUAUCAUUAAUAGUUAAAAAUUCAUUUAGAAAAUGCUUGGAAAUGUAUUAUUAUGAAUGAAAAGUAUGAAUGUAAGAAAAGUAUGUGUUCUUAAAUGAGAAAUAAAGAUUGUUCUUUUAA